AUGAAUAAUAGGAGUUAUUAUUCAGUUGAUGAAAUAAUUGAAGAGAACUCAUAAAAGUCUUCAUAUAUAAUUGAAGAGUUAAAUUUAAUGAGAGAAAACCUUAAUUAUGAAAUAGAUUAAAUGACCAAUCUAAUUGAGAUAGAAUCAAAGAUAUCUAUAAAAAUGUUAGCUUUAAAAGUAUCUUCUCGUUAUGUCAAUCCUUUCUCUUAUGAAUCUAUGGUAUGUAUUAGCUAAUACCCAGCUGACAUUGUAUUUUUUUUUAUUAUUGCUUAAUAGAAUUUAAACAAAAAGAUUGAGAAUGUUCAUUAUUCAACUACUUGUAAUAAGAAAUGA